UUGCUUUUCAUCGACGCUCUCUGACGACCUACGGCUUGCUUUUCACCAUGGCUCCCACUAUUUUCCAGCGCCAUCCUCGCUACUCUCUUUUCUCUGCCGUUGCCCUGCUCGUCACUUUCCUUCUCUUAGCGUCCCAGCAUGCUCCGCCUCCACCCAUGAUCAUUGACAACUUCACCACGUCAGCAGGGGAUCUGCAAGCUCGUUUAGACCAUGCAGAGAGUGUCUACCAGAAGAUGCUAAGACAAAGGCAAGGCCUUGUCAAGAAGUUUGGCCCGACACCAGACAAAGUCGUGAUGUUCCCUCCCGACAAGGAGCCCUGGCCGCCAUACACUGUCUGGGACUUCGUCCCUGCAGCAUUCAACUGCCCGCACUCGGUUGAGCGCAUUGGUGCACUUGGCGAUGGUGGAAAAUGGGUCUGCGGUCUUCAGCGCGUCGCACGCAAGCCAGACUGCGUAGUAUACUCCGUCGGUAUCAACCAUGAAUCGUCCUUUGAGGCUGAGCUUCUUUCACGUACUACCGGCUGCGAGGUCUGGGGAUACGACUUCUCCGUCUCUUCUUUCGGCCCUGAAAUUCAGAACGACAACGCACUCCUUCGCCGUGCACACUUCUUCCCGUACGGGCUGGCUGGUUCGGACUCGGAGGGUGAACACAAGAUGUUCACGCUUGCCACUCUCAUGGCACGCAACGGCCACAAGCACAUUGACAUUCUCAAGGUCGACAUCGAGAGCUGGGAGUUCGAGACGCUCACUUCGCUCAUCAAGCCUUACCUCGAGUCCGGCGAGCCGCUCCCCUUCGGCCAGCUCCAGCUCGAAGUGCACGUAUGGAACAAGAAGUUCGCCGAGUUCCUCAGCUGGUGGGAGAUGCUCGAGUCCGCUGGCCUUCGUCCCUUCUGGACUGAGCCCAACUUGGUGUACAACAACUACAACAAGGGCGGUGAUGCUGAGCUUGCUGAGUACUCUUUCCUGAACAUCCGUGGCGAAAAUGUCUUCACCAACGACCGCGAGUUCUUCCGUCCACGUGGCCCUUCACACCACUGAGCGGGAGAUCCUUUCUUCCUCUAAAAAUUAUCUGCAUGCGCUAGAUGCCUAUUUCGUGGAAUUCUCUCGUCUUGCAUCGGAUUUUUAUUUGAUUUGCUUCCUUUAGGCGUAGCAUAGUUGCAUCGCGCCCUUCCUUCCUUCAUACCCGGCACUUGCGCAUUACCCGUAUUUCAUAUCUACAUUUGUCCGACGACUCCAUAGUUACACACUACACCGCUACUCCACUUGUUUUACGUAGCUCGUAGUUACAACAUUUGUCCACCCGCCGAAACAACCCACUAAUGGUCUUCCCUUUCCUUCGACUUGAUUUUUACCCUGCUCUCGUAUAUCGUAUAUCUUAUGAUAAACCGGACUGGGCUGGC